AUGAUCCAAUCAAACGAUAUCUUGUUCAACGAGCCCGCGCUCCAGUCUCUCAAGCGCGCCCAGCUACUUGCUCUCUGCAAACGAUACAACAUCAAGCAGUCAGGAAAGAAUGAAGAGCUCGUCGGUCGGCUGCGAACUUAUGCUCAAACACUGCUAGACCAGGAACAAGACGCGAUGGCCUCUAAUAAAACCAGUAACAAUAAUGCAAAGGAUAAUUCCUCGCAGCAACCUCACGCCCGUACGAGCGACCAGUGGGAACUUGUUGAAGAGGAUAGCCGAGAAGAAGACAUGUCUAUGACGCUCGACAAGCGCUCCCGUACCCUGUCCAUGAAGUCAAUGAUGUCAAUGGGCACAGUCAAAUCACAUGUCUCGUCCAAAGACGUCAAUAUGGAUAGCGUGUCCAGCAGAGGUUCCUCCCUCAAGUCACUUGCCACUUCCUUGAAACGAGCAGGGUCCAAAAAUUCCAAAAUGUCCGUCUCGACGACAGACAGUAUCGUUCGAAAGCCAAUGUCACAUUUAUUCCCUCCAGUGCCAACAAACACGGUUACAUCGGCAAACGAGAGGGCAGAGGGGAAGUCAUUGGAAGAGGGCGCCACGCAAAAGGACGACCCUGUGGAACCCAUUGUUGAAGGAACCGUGGACGCGAGUACCCUGGACAAGAACCAGACAACGAUCCGCUUGGUGGUAUCGCCCCCACGACCAUCUGCAGACGAGCCUCGCAUCAAGGCAACCCCUAAUCUUCGUCCUUUCAGCCUAAUCUUCUCCGAUUCCAGUCCCAAGGAGAAUGCUACGACGUCGGUUCCAGAAGUAACCCUCUCGCGGCCUCGAACUCCUGAAAAGACUGUGGUGGCAGUGGCACAGGAAGAGAAUUUACUGGGAGGGUCUCCAGCUCCUUUCGUCUUUGGCUCUCCGGCGCAUGCCGUCUCCAACCUUCAGUUUAACAAUGCUGCCGCCGCCAUUCUGGAGGAGAUGAACAAACGUUUGGGACUCGAUUCAACUUCGUCUGGUGCCGCCAAGAUUAGCGAGGACGGCACUCUUAACUUUGGAGAGGUUACUCCCAGCAGGAAAGCGACUCUCACUAUGGGAACCAAGAAGGAAGAGGGUCGCUUUGGGCGUGCUCACGAAAAGGCAUUUGAAAAGAUGGAUUCCAUUGCGAAUCACUACACCAUGAAGCGUGCGGCCUCGCCCGUCAAGCCUGGUCCUCUUGCUGGCACCAAACGCAAGUCGAUGCACGUCGUUGAGAACGCUCGUCCCAAUGGCACAAAAGUCAUCUGUCUCGAUGAUCCCAAGGACCAAGCAGUUGGUCUUCCUGCUCCAAAGCGUCAAAAGGUCGACGGCGCCGACCUCGUCAAGAAAUCAGGCGAGGUUGCGUUCCCUACCAAGCCAAUGGCAAAGGAGGAGGUGAAGAAGAAGCAGGAACGUCGCAGGAGCUCGAAGGGGCGUGGUAGCCUUGGAGGAUCUACAUCAAGACGUCGUUCUAUUGCGGGUGCCAAAGCAGCGCCGACUAGUCGAUUUGGAAUGCUCCGAACUGGCGCAGCAAAGGUCGUCAAGAGCCUAGUCUCAUCAGUGGUCAAUGGAUCAUCCACAGCAACGACUAGUAAGACGAUUGCAGCCAGUAAAGCGACUGUACCUCCAGCUGCACCGCCCAAACCGGCUGCAAAGACUAAAGAAACGGUGCCAACUGUUCAGAGAGCCCCAUCCCGACAAGCCCCUUCUCGAAUGUCCACCGCUUCAAGUGCACGGCCAUCGACCAUUGCGCCACGGGCGAGUGCUACUCGCAGUGAGGAAAAGGCUUCCACGACUACGCGCUCGACUGGACCGCCUCUUCCGAUCAAGGAUGUUCGCCGUCCGACAUUGACAAGAGUCUCGACCGCGGGGGUCCAGAGAGGAGGCUUGCCUUCUUUCCAGGCAACAACAGGAUCCUCGCGCACCUCUAUCUCCAAGAAGACAAAUGUCGAGCCAGCCAAGGCAACCACCUCUGCCAGACAGAGUGUGGCGGAGCCUUCGAAUGUCGAACACGUUAAACCAGCGCGGAGGACGUCGAAGAUAAAUACCGACUCGAUCAAAUCCAAAGCCGAGGUCCCCGUCGCUGAUGAAGAGAGGCCAUCAAGGUCAGUGACACGAAGAAAUCCCGACUUUGAGCCGGGAAUGGGUGAUGGAGAACGGUCGCGCUCUUGCUCGCCACUUCCUGCUCCUCCUGCAUCCCUGUCUUCACGACCACUGAAUCGAAGGAUAGCCGCCGAUUCGACGGAGGCAAAUGCUCCAUCCGCUACCGAGGAGGGCAAAGGUAGCCUUGGCCGCAAACCACGCAUCUCGCGGUCAAAGGUGAUUGCCAAAGUGCACGAGUCGCGUCAAGCGCAAAAGACGAGCGUGAUUACGCCGCUGAAGAGUGCAAAUGUGUCGAACGUUGCAAAAGCAAGGAAGAGCGCAGGCUUGAGUGCCAAGGCCAAGUUGAUGGGCACGGAUGGAGCGCGAGGACGAGCGAGUGCGGUCGCGGCUUCUGCAGAGACUGCGAUGCGCAAGGCUCGAGUGAGCCAGGCGGCAGAGGCGCGUCGGCGUACGAUGGCGAAGGCAUAA